AUGUCUCAAUUCACCUCUUACAAACAGGCCAAUUUGCAGGCAUCAUUGGCAUUAUCGGGCCAGAUCCACCCUGCUUUGAUACCUCCACAUCCCUAUCCGCACCCUCCGAACACCGAUAUUCAAGCCGUUUACUCCAGCACCCCACCAGUGUCGCACAUGCUCCGCCCUACUCCGUCGUCACCAGCUGGGCCAGGCGCCUUUCACCCUCCGGCUAUUGUCAACGACCUCUCUCCGCCGUACACACAAGCCGAACCUCAAGAUUUCGAGGAAUUACCAGCUGAGGUAGUUCCCCUUCCACAUCCGCCACCGAUCCAACCAUCACUGCCUCACCACCUACCUCUUCCGAGGUUCCCUAUUGCUCCCCACAAUUUUACCUGCCAUGUCAGUUUUGUCUUGUAUGGCUCAAGACAAAACAAACAGAAGAAGCUUGUACACAAAGCCAUCCAAUCAGCCAAGAACCUGGCUUUUUUAUUUGACUGCCGUACAAUCACCUUUGCCUCCUUCCUCGAACAGAUCAGUGUCGUUGCAUCCCGGGAUCACUCCAACGCGGCCAGGGUCCUUGACAAGGGCACCAAAUCUAGCCCGCCUACAAUUUUAUGGACCGCUCAUAUCAACUCCCACAAAGACUGGCCAAAAUCGGCCCCAAAACCCAUCUCCAAUCACACCGCCUUCACCGCCUGGAUUGAUGCCAUCAUCGGGAAAAAGGCGGUCAAAGAGGGGGUUCACAUGAGUAUGGAAAGCCCGGCCCAGAAGCUCGCCAUAGCCAAAGGUAAUGAUUUGCUGGCGGAAACCGUCCGGCGCAACGAGGCUCGUGCGGCUACUCAGGCGUCUCGAGCUCGUGCACGUUUGACUCAGUCUGGCUCUUUGGGGACCGUUGAUGAUGUUGAUUCUGAGGGAGAUUCCUGUGAUGAAGAGUUUGAGGCCCGAGCUAUUAUCAAGGAGGACGUCCUCAAUAAAUACAAGAGGAACACUGGUGUCGACCCCUCACAUCCAGUGUAUCCGGAUCCCACCGACAUCAAUCGAUACAUCAUACUCACACCUGGCAAUGUAGCUUUAUGGGCUAAAUCUAUCGAGCCAGGGGUCAGCCUACUAUCGCCGCCGGGUUCUAUCAAAUACUACAGUCGCAAAGCAAAGGGGGGGUUGCCCGGCCCCUCCGAAGCAGAACCGCAUAUGAAUACAGCCGAUCUGGUGGCGACUAUGGUGCAAGUCUACCAUGCAACUAUUGGCUCCAAACCUCCGGCAACCCCUCUUGCACCAGCUCCGGUAACUACAGGCGGCGAUUAUCCCGGUCCCUGGGGCAAUCCAUCCGUGGUUUUGGGUCCCGGCUCUGUUGGUGACAAUCCGGGUUUGUUAAUGGAUUACUUAACCUUUGCAGGUGUUUCAGAUCCUGCCGACACACUGGACCGCUUGAUGAGAGAGGAUAUCAACAGUUACACUAUGUUUGCACCUGGAUACUUGCGCAAGGCCGACGUGGAAAAAUUGGGCUUGAGUGUGGGCACCCUCGCAAGGCUCUGUCGCGGGGUGGAUCCAUACCAUCGCAGCCUUGCCCAUGGCCACCCAUAG